AAAUUGAUUAAAUAGAUAAUAAAAAAUAAGAUAUUAAAAUGUAAGUAUUUACUGAAGAUACAAACUAAAUAAAUCAAGCAUAUUUGCUAGAAAAUAAUACAACUAAGUUACUUUUUUUUAGGAUAAUUUUUACUAUUUUAAGCGCUUUGCCAUGGUGGACUUAGUUCUAUGAAUAUAGUAAAUUUGAAAUAUGGAGGGUAUUAACUAAUUGGGAGUUUCUAACAUACUGGGGUGUGUGGAGUAUUCAUCUUUAUUUUAUUUUAGCUCUAGUUGAUACCAUUUACUAUAGAAAAUAUGGCAAAGAGUAUGAGAGUAAAAUAUGGAAAUUAACUCACUUUCUCUUUCAUUUUGGAUUUAGUACCUCAUUAGCUAUCUCAAUUAUGUUCUGGGUUUCUUAUUAUCCAGAUUUACCUGAUAAUUAAAAAUAUAAUGUUUGGUUUAUGUUUUGUCAGAUUCUUCAGCAUGUGUUGCUAUUUUUGUGUAUUGCUACAGAAUUUAUGUAUAACAAUAUAAGAUUUGCUUGGGUUCAUUUAAAACUAGUUAUGCUUGCUUUGGUGAGCUACAUGAUUGUGAAUCUUAUAGUAACUUUUGCUUACAAGCCAGUAUAUGACUCAAUAGACUGGGUUUCAGUAAUGUGCUAUGUUUAUAUAGUUUGCGUCUUCGUUUUAGUUAUUCUCUACUUUGCAUUUGCUAAAUAUUUAUAUGAAAAAUACAAAUUGCCAAAAAUUAAUAUAUAAAAUGCUAAAACAGAUUCUCCAACUAUUUUCCCACAAGCAAUUGAAAAUUAAGUCUUAGAAAAAAUUUGAGAAAUUAAAAAUACAAUUAAAAUAAAUAUUGAAGUUUACAUUACAUAUAUGAAUGUAUUUAUUAUUUUUAUAAUCAAAAGUUAUUUUAUUCAAUCAAUAAAAUAUUAAAUUCAGAU